AUGGAUAAUUUUGAAAUUACUCAAAAUGACAUUUCACUCCUUAAUAAAGGUACAAAAUUUAUUCCAUGUACCUUUUCAAACUCUUCUCAAGCUCUCAAAUUUGACACUGAAUCAUUUGAACGUGUCUAUAAACAAAUGAGAGCAACAAACAUUCCCUGGAACAGAACAAAUCCAACAAUGACUAUUCCAAAGAUUCUCUCCGAUUAUUACAAGAAAUUCAAACCAAGAAUUUCAAAUCUCUCAAAGGAAGAAUUGAAUAGUAUCAAAACUCUCGGAAGUAAUCCUAACAUUAUUGUGACUCCAUCUGACAAGAAUCUUGGUACAACUCUCUGGAGUAAAUCCUCUUAUAUCCAAGAACUCAAUCGUCAAUUGAGCACUUCAACUCACUACUCUGAAAUUUCCACAGAGAAUGAUGCAAAACAACAAAUUAAGGAAAAUUUGACAAAGCACAUUCCUCAUAUCAAGACAAAUUCAGAGAUUGUGUUCAAUUUAGUGGAGACACAUCACAAGAAGGAAAACUUGUUGUCAAAACCACUUCCAAGAUUCUAUAUGAUUCCAAAGGUUCAUAAGAAUCCAAUUGUUGGUAGACCAAUUGUCAGUUCUGUUGAUUGUCAUAAUACAAUCAUUUCAAAACUUCUUAAUGCAAGAUUAAUUCUAUUAAUUAGAUUAUUAAGAAGAGAAUCAGACAACCCUCAAUCAAGAUUCUACAAACGAAUUUUCAUCUCAGAAAGUGCAGAUGAAUCUCAAUUCAGAAUCAUGCAAUGUUAUGAAAGAGCAGGACUUCCUCACAGGAAUUAUGCAAAUAUGAAAUCAAUGGAUUUCACCUCUCUUUAUACAGAACUCGAACACUCCGAUAUCAUUAAUGCAAUGAUUAACAUGCUUGAAUAUGGACGGAGUAUUGAUAAUUCCAUGUUCAAUCCUCAACAUAAUAAGGCAACAUUGCACAUGCUCCAAAUCGUUUUGGGAACUACAUACUUUAAAGUACCAGAACUUGACAAGUUCUAUCAUCAAAAGAAAGGUAUUCCAAUGGGAACCAACGCAGCUCCAAACAUUGCAAAUCUCACUCUUUGUUAUUAUGAAUUGGAAUGGACUAGUCAUGACCAAGACGCUCUUGGAAAAUUGAGAAAUAACAAAUUACAUCUUGAGAGAUAUAUUGAUGACAUCUUCACAAUUCACUUCCAUCGUGUAAAUGAAGGAAGACGUGGUCAACUUCAGAAAUAUAUCAGAAAUCUCAAGAGAUAUUAUCCAAAAUCGCUAAUUCUCAAUGACGCAUCCACAGAUUCAUUCCUUGAUAUCAAAUUCUUUUUCAGUCCUCAAAAUGAUGAAUCCGAACCAUUUCGAAUUGAAACAACAACACAUCAAAAGGAACUCAAUUUAUAUCAAUAUACAAGAAAAGAUUCUUGUGCAGCUCCUGGUGUUGUAAAGGGACUCAUUCAUGGAGAAUUGAUUAGAUAUGCAAAGAGAUGUUCAACAUUUGAACUAUGGGUUGGAAUUAGAGAUCGUUUCAAGGAGAGACUUCACAACAGAGGAUACUCCUACAAAUUUAUUAAUAAGUGUAUGAAACAUCUCAAUUAUUUUACUCUCAAGAGGAAAUAUCCUCUAAAUUCAACUUCCAUUGAAGUGAAAAUUGAGAGAGCAAGAUCACAAUUGUUUCUUCAUGAACAGAAACCUCCACCAGUUUGGAGAGUGGUCUUUAAGGGAACUGACAAUCAUAUUCCUUAUAGGAAAAUUCUCAAUCAUGUAUGUGAGGGUAUUACAUUUGUGAAUGAUCCUUCAAAAGUGAUCAUUUGUAAUAUCAGAAUGCCUACAAUUAUUGAAUUGCUCAGAGCAUUUCAAAAGAAGAUUGAAUUCUUCAAAUAUCUCAAUCCUGAUUGUACUCAACAACAGAUUGAUACACAAUUUUAUAAGUUCAUUGCUAACAAAUUUUUAGCUUUGAAAAGAGGAACUCACCUCAACAAGAUUACACAACGAAGGGUUGGAGGAAAGGAUCUUUUGGAGGAUCUUAAACCCCCCAGCACCCCAGCGAACCCUCCAACCCCACUAAUACUACGCUUACUAACCCAAACCAAACCAAACCAUCAACCAAGUAACAAUCCAGGAAGUUCACAACCACCUGAUGAUAUACUUGGACGAAUUACAAGGCUUGGUACCGAACUAACACCACCAAGAAAGCGAGUGGAACGACCACAAGCUUCAUCGAGUGAAACUCCUUCCUCAAUUCCAUCAAAUAGGAAGAAGAAGAAGAAAUCAUCGAAUGAAGAGAAGAAACGAACUUUGAAACAGAAAUGUAUUGAUUCAUUUUUUACAAAGUCGAAUUCCAACAAUCAAAAUUCCGAUGAUUCCGAUGAUUCCGGUGGCGGGAACAGUAAGAAAUCAACCAAACUCAAUCAAUAA